AUGGGGUUGAUGUUCUCCCGGGCCUUUAAGUUCUUCGGCAAGAAGGACUGCCGCAUCCUCAUGGUUGGACUUGACGCUGCGGGCAAGACGACCAUCUUGUACAAAUUGAAACUGGGCGAGAUCGUUACUACUAUUCCCACGAUUGGCUUUAACCUGGAAACUGUCGAGUAUAAGAACAUCUCCUUCACCGUUUGGGAUGUUGGUGGACAGUACAAGCUCAGAGCUUUGUGGAAGCAUUAUUACUUGGGUACCCAGGGUUUGAUUUAUGUGAUAGACAGUAAUGAUAGAGACCGUAUAGAAGACGCGAAGGAGGAAUUGCACCGUAUGUUAGCGGACGAAGAUUUACGCGACGCAGUGCUGUUAGUAUUCGCUAAUAAGCAGGACCUUCCUAACGCGAUGAGGGCUUCCGAAAUAACGGAGAAGCUUGAGCUGCAUCUCCUUAAACAGCGCGCGUGGUACAUUCAGUCAACUUGUGCAAAGACAGGAGAGGGGCUAGUGGAGGGGCUAGACUGGCUCGCAAAAACCGUCGAACGACGUUCCUAA